UCCGCCAUUCUUAGUUCGUUCGUUAAUAUUUCUAUGUUCUGGAAAAGUAGAUGUUCUGUGGUGCGAGGUUAGAAAAUUCGGCAUAAAUAAAUACCUAUUGCAACGAUUGAUUAUAUUUUUACAAGAACGAAUAUGAGUUCCUUUUCUGAUACAACUUCCACCAGCAGCGAUGAAGAUAUUCGUUCUAGACGCAAAGAUACUAGGUCUGUAGCAACAGCGAAAAAAUCCACUACUUCAAUUCAACCAUCGGUUUAUACUACUAGAAGGCAAGCUGCAUUAGCUAAAGAUUCUCUUACAAAAAAACUCGAAGCAGACAAGUUUCUAGGUAAUUUUAACCCUGAAACUAGUGCUAGAGAGCGUAAGAAGCUCAAUAGAAAAAUAAACCCUCCAAGCAAUGUUCGUAAACCACCAGGUGCAUUGUACGAUGAACAUGGCAUUCACAUAUCUAGCGGUUUGGAUCUUUGUGAUUGCCUGAAUGAGGAAUGUCCCGGAUGUUUUUUUGAAUGUAAUAAAUGUAACUCUCAGAAGUGUGGCUUGGAGUGUAGGGUCCAUAGAAAGUUCAUGUACGAUCAAAUAGAGUAUCAUGGAUACGAUAGCAUCAUAAGAAAUCCAUUAUCAAGACAUUAAUACAAGUUUCGAACACAGAGUGAAUGGGCAUGAUAUUGAUGUCUUGAUAUGUGGAGCUGGUUAUAUCGAUCUAUGGUAUUUUGAAUGUUUUGCUGUUGUUUCAUCCCAGACUUUUUGUGCAUAUAGAGUAGUCUCAUUGAGUGAUAUUCCUUUGUUUUAUUAUAAAUCAUAACGCCAAUUCAAAUAAAUUUAUGAUUUUGAUAACUUUAAAAUUUUAUGUUUAAAAUAAGAUGAUAAUAAACAUACUGAAAGUUA